ACCCCCAUCUGUCCCACGACGGGCCGCGCGCAGCGAGGAUGGCCACCAAACAAAGCAAACGUGAGACUGCUGUUGAGGACGAUGACUUCGACGACUACGACGAUGAGUACGAGAGCUUUCAAGGGGCAGACGAGGAGACUGGGGUGCAGCUCGGCACGGUCCUACCCCUGGAGGUAUCGCUGGCAGACAGCGUCCUGUUCAAGAACGUGGACUGGCAUGACUGGGACGGUGGAAAGGCCGGAGGAUGGCCUGUGUGGCUCAACCCUCGCGAUCUCCCAGCCCCGCAAGACAUGCGUUGCGGCGAGUGCAGCCAUCCCCUGUCUUUCCUGGUGCAGCUGUACUGCCCCCUUGACCACGAAGAUGACGCGUUCCACCGCUGUCUUUACGUGUUUUGUUGUCCCAAGGCCUCCUGCUCCAAGAACUCUAGCGUCAAGGCGUUGCGCUGCCAGCUGCCCAGGGAGAACGACUUCUAUCCUUACGAGCCAAGCCACAAGGCGUCGAUCUUGGCGAAGCAACAGAAGGGGUCUGACCCCGAGACAUGGGGGGCCAAGCUUUGCUGUGUGUGUGGUCAGUCGGCGAAGAGCGCUUGCUCGAAGUGCAGGAUCGCACGGUACUGUGGGCGUGAGCACCAAGCGCUUCACUGGAAAACCGGGGGGCACAAGAAGGCUUGCGCAUCAGAUAACGGAGCGGGUACAAUAGCAGCACCGAAGAGUACCGCUGGAACGUUGCACGCCCGAACAACACCGAAAACGUUGGUAUCAGCCUCGGUGUUUCGGGAGUUCGAGGUGGAAGUUCGACCGGAGCCUCCGCCGCCACCGCCUGCACCAGAUGGUCGAACGGCGGAGAAUGUCUUGAUGGGCCAAAUGGGCUUGGAAGGUAGCAGUGAUGAUGGGGAACCCGCGGAUGGCGAAGAUGACGACUCCAAGCUUUCGCAGGCAGAGCUUGACAAGGUGGCGGGCGUGCAUGGAGUGAAGGACAAGACCACUCUUCAGUUCCUCACUCGAACGCAAGCGAACCCGCAGGUUGUUCGCUAUGACGCAGUCGGUGCGGGUCCGCUAUGGUCCUCGAGCAAAAACAUUCCCGAGGAAGCGGACGUCCCUCCCUGCGCGCGAUGCGGUCGGACGAGAAAAUUUGAGUUCCAGGUGAUGCCACAUCUCCUUCACCACUUGGGCGUGGAUGCCAACGUCAAUGUGAAAGCCCUCGACACCAAGGCGGCGGCACACAGAAGGGAAGGGCCAGGGGCAGCAGCACCCCCGCUCAUCACCGGGGAGUGCAUGGACUGGGGCACUCUAGCGGUGUACACGUGCCCGGACAGCUGCCCCGCUGUGACCCAAAACACAGCGAGAGGGGGAGUAGACGAGGAUGAAGAGGGUCCUCCUGUGGUGGGGUACGUGGAGGAGUUCGUAUGGCGCCAACCGCCGCCGUAAUGGCCGCGUGAAAAAACCGUUGUGCAGAGCGUUUGUAUAGUCCUAGUCGUUGAGGUCCAAGUUUGAAAUGCCGGGAAGUUUUGGCGUCAAACGGAAGCUAUGUAUGUACUUGCGUAGGACUUGUUAUCAAUCUGCAAAGGGGGACAAUCUCUGUUUUUUCCUAGGUUCGUUUGAUGUCAAAAAUGGGUACGCGUGCGCAAAUGCGCGACUCGUUGUCGUGGCUUGGCACUUGUGACCUACGUAUUGGCCAGGUUCGAUGCUGGCCGUCUCCCGCUCUUCGCGAAAAUGUCGAUCUACAAUCUGUCUUGCAACUGACUGCGUAGGUAGUGUGUUGCUGCGUCAUGUCCGGGGCUGUGGGGUUGAUCAGGACAAUCCGAGGGAAGAACCGCAGCAAGGCAGUGUG